UAGAGCGCUCAAGCGAGAAGCGCAAGGCGGAUCACAGAGCGAGAGCAUUACUGCCGUCAGUUUCACUUUGCAUCUCCAUCAAAGUGGCCGUCUAAAGUGUUCAAGGAGAGUUUCAACUAACAUCGAGUAUUCAUUAUAGAUAAAAGGAAAUACGUAUCGAUCAAUCUAUCCAUCAAAGUAUAGAAACGAAAAAUUUGUUCGUGUCGUAUGAGGUUCGAUCCAUUUCGUUAAUUUUCAAGGAAAACAAAAAAGAAAGAAAAGAAAAGAAAUUAUAAGGAUAAAAAAAGGAAAAAAGAAAAAAAGGUAGAUAAUAAAAUACUCGGAGGAAGAGGUGGACCUAUGUCCGAAAAAUCAAGGGACGACACGAUGAAAGCUAAUACAGCUGCUACGAAGAUUCAAGCAAAUUUUCGCGGCUAUCGCGUGAGAAAACAAUUAAAGGAAACUCAACAGCCGUAUCAGAAGAGACAGCAGAGCGAUGACGAGUCUACAUCGUCGAGUACGUCGACUCUAAAAAGACAAAAUACUAGGGAGGCUCUCGAAGAAAAAUCUGCAACGAAAAUCCAAGCUGGAAUUCGUGGAUUCCUCGUAAGAAAAAGACAGCAGGCUGAACAAGCUGCAGCUACUAGAAUUCAGGCUGGAUUUCGUGGGUUCAGGACGAGGAAGUUGCUCAAACAAAAUGGACAGUGACAUACACCUUCGCCAACGUCCCCAGUCUCGUCAUCUAUGGUGGACUAACUUAUACCAAUACCAAGAACUUUCCUUUUAUUCUCCUUUCCGUUAUUUUAAUAUUCUUUCGUCUGUCGACUCAUAUCAUUCUAUUUCCUUAUCAUCGAUUAUCAAGAGCUUCUCAUCACCGUCGUCUCUUCUUUGUCGCGAUUCGUUCGUCCAAUAGUAAAGGAUAGUAAAGGAAUCGUCGAAGCAGCUUCGUAGUUGAAUCUGGACCACUUGAUGUCGGCACCGCCCUAAUCCUUCGUAUCCGCAAAGCGCUUCGUUGAGUGAGCACCCACGUGCACGCGACUCAACGCCGAGCGGAACGAACGAGAAAGGAGGAUGGUAUUGACCCAGUUUCGAUGCACCGUGCAAUGGCUUUUCUUUCUUAACUAGCAAACUCUUCGGUCGAGGAAGCAAGCAAAAAAAGAAAGAAAGAAAGAAAGAAAAAACGUGUCUUCAAACACGUUUCAUGGCACUCUGCCGAAGAAGAAGAAGAAGAAGAAGAAUCCUAUGUUUCUUCGUUGAAGAAUUUCUUAUUAAAAAGUGGAUUGAAAAGAGACAAACAGACCAAGAGAAAGAGAAAGAGAAAGAGAAACAAAGAAAGAGAUGAAAGUUGAAAACCGGAAGAAGUGUCAACGAAUUAGAAAACGCAUUUUAACGCGACUGAAAAGAAAAGAGAUAUGAAACUGGAACGGACGAAAUUUAUUCUCAACUUCCUUCGCGACCUGACUCAUCGUCAUCUCGGCUCUCCUCCUUUUCAUACGCGCGUGUCCGGCCGAUAGACGUUGAUGACUUGUUACAAAAAUAUACUCUGCUUGCUCUUUAAGCCCAUGUCGGCGAAGAAUUUCACCUUGACGAGAGAUUAUUCCGAGAGACAUUUGACGUAAUCAUUCGUACAAAUAUGAGGGGUAAAGAGACGCGAUGCAUUUUCCUCUCUUUCUAUCUUUCUCUAUUUAUACGUUUGUCUAUUUCUCCCCCCCCCCUCUCUCUCUCUCUCUCUAUUUGUUUUUCUCUUUUACCUGUUACUUAUAUAGUUUACGUUAGAAAUACCAGCGACAAUCGCUUUUGUUUUCUAACAGCCCGCUAACUAUUCGAAUCGACCAAUCAGAACAAAAGCGUUUUUCUAUCGAACGAAAACGCGCCAUUUUCGAAUCGUGUCGUACACCCCGACGGUGAUCAGAAAGCAUCCAACGUAAACGAUGAAAAAGAAACUCUAUCAAAUACGAUAUAAUUCUUUGUGCGUGUGCGUGUCUGUGUGUGUGUGUUUACAUUUUCUGGCUUAUAUUGUAUAAAAUCCAUGAUACUCUUGUAUCUCCUAGAUGUAAUCGAUUGUACAUCGAACGAUAAGUGUUUCCAUAUAUAUGAUUCGUAUUAUAGAUUUAAAGUAACACAUACAUCUUGAGAAAUCGAUUAUGAACGAUAAGAAAUCAUGACGCAAAGUCCCCCGCAGAAUUUUGAUUGAGCUGUACUAUUGUAAUUAUAAGUAUUGCCUAUUUGAAAUUCAGUAAAGUCAACUUUCGCCUUAUGUCAUGAUUUUUUAUAUUACGGAAUCAAUUUUCUUUACUUAGCACUCUGCGUCUAUUGUAUAUAACAUAUAUACAUACAUACAUACAUAUAUAUAUAUAUAUAUGUAUGUAUGUAUACAUAUAAGUACAUACGAUCUUUUAUGCGAACGGAGCACUCUAUUAAAACUAAAAAAUAUUUAUUUUACGAUAAAUAAUACGAACACAUUAUGUGCAUGUAACAAAAACCAUGUCGAUUCACGAAAAGUAUUCGCUUUAAUUAAACUUCUUAAAGCGUCGAAUUUAUCGUAUUAUUAAUAUAGAAGGAUGUUUGCGAGAUAUUUAGAUUUCUGCGAUAUAUUGAAUUACGUUAAAAUUCACGUGCAACCGUGUGUCGCUAAGCAUAUUAUGCAAUUAUUAUUUAUUUAACGAAUGUGUUAACGUUACGUAAAUAAGAGUUGUUAUUGUUAUUUCCAA